CUCAUACUGUCACUCCCAACUUUUGCGCUUCCAGCUAUGGCUCUGGCUCGGCCUGCAACGAAGUUGCCUCCGGGAGCGAAUCGCAUCCUCUUCGUCAAGAACCUGAACUAUGCUAUCACUGGCGAAGAUCUCUACGAUUUGUUCGGUCGUUACGGGAGCAUCCGUCAGAUCAGAAUUGGGAAUGAACAAAAGACGCGAGGAACCGCGUUCGUGGUGUUCGAUGAUGUUAUGGACGCGAAGAACGCUCUAGAUCAUCUUAAUGGAUUCCAUCUUCAAGAGCGCUAUAUUGUUGUUCUAUACCAUAUGCCUGCCAAGCAAGAUGCAGCGGCGGCGAAGGCCGACUUGGCUAGGAGGGAAGAGGAGCUAGCGCAACUCAAGCAGAAGCAUAAUAUAGGGGAUUCUGACUGAGGGCGUUUGUUGGUUGAAUCUCGCCUGCAAUUCAUAUAAGGCGGGCUGCAAUCUGCCUGUGCUCGUGGCUUUCCUUGCAGAACUGUGAACACGUGGUGCUGCAACCCUGCUCACAUCGCCUUCUCGCUGAAUCAAUUCAUGACGAGGAUGGACGGCAACAUCACCGCGCUACUCUGCUCCAUGAGUCUGGUGUUGACGCUCGGAACCCGAGGUUUCAGCAUGGCCCACAACAUAAACGAGCAGUCAAAUUGGGAGCGCAGUAUACAAGUGGCUUACGUCUAGGAGCGGUGAAACUGGGGACGGAUGUGUGUAGUACGGUAAUACUGCUUGGAACUUCGUUUCCCAAAGCAACGCCGAAAUAUGCAACUCGGACAAGUGGACGAAUCGAUUGAUGUCAAGGAAC